GGACAUGAACACGGGGGAUAUGAAAAAACGGAAAAAGCUGGAGCGCGUCAUGCAGAAGAAGCGAUCGGCAAUGAAAUCUUUGUUCGAAAAGAGGAAAUUGCUGAUUGAAUUCUUAGCAAGACAAAGGCGGAAAGCGGCUGCUUACGAGAAGCGAGUGACCAAAGCGGUUAGUGAGAGAACCAGUCG